AGUCAGGUGUGGCAUCCUGUUUGGACCAGGGGAACAAUCUACUCUGGACUGAGGGUCACUGGCUCUUCCCUCCCAUAGCCCUGAUCUUCUUGCUGUCUCUUUGCUCAGCAGUUCCCUCUCCACAUGCCCCUUACAAGACUGCUCCCUCCUCACUCCCCCUCUUGGGUUACCUGCUCAGCCUUCCCCCUGCAUCUGCCAACACCCAGGCUUCCACCAGGACCACCAAGACUCCCACCCUGGAGACACCAUCCUACAAAUGGCGCACAAUGCCCUCAGGGGUUCUUGUGUAGAUACCAAGGAGCCACCUGGAGGGGCCGUUGGGAAUCAGCCCAGGAGGGAAACGCCUGGCUGUCUGGCUUUGGAGGGCGGUUCUCAUCUGAGAUGGGGGCAAGUGCAUCUACAGAACCAGCCAGGCAGAGCGUCCACCCUGCAUCUCAGAUCCCUGAGGAAGCUCACGUGACUCCAGCGGUCGCCACCCCCUGGGCACCUGUGCACUCUGCCUAUGGAGCCCAACCUGCAAUUGACCCAACCCUCUGGCCUGUCAUGGGAGCCCCCUGUGCUGUCCACCCCUGCAUGGGGUACCCAGCCCCUUGGAGUUACCCGUGGGUGGGCGUUGGCAGUCCUCUCUGGUUAGGGCAUCCCCCUCCAGCUGCCCCAGCACCUUCAGUCUGGCCCUGGGGCUUCUCCAGCUUUGAUCCCCAUGUGGGAAGCCAGCACCUGGCCACCAUGGCCCCCAGGGGAUUUCCUUGCCCCUGGGGACCCCCACCCCCAUGCUCCUCAGUCCCUCUGGCUCUGAGCAGGGACGCCUCUGGCUACUCUCCCCAGGUGGGAUGGCAGGCUCCUGCCAGCUCAGCCUUCCCAGCUGCCGUGGGGAGACCAUCCAGAGGAGCUCCUCACUUGAAGAGGUGCCAAGCCCCUCCCUCAGAAUGGGCUUCCAGGUUCAGCAUUUGGGCCCCUGCACCACCCUCCAGCCCAGAACUCUGCCCCCUGCCCCCUUCCCCCAGUACAGACUCUCCACCUGAGCCCUGCUGUCCCCACUGCCCUCGGCCACCCUGCAGGGCCUGCGGCCGCCUCUUCUAGCCCCGAGGUGUUGUUGGGCGCCUCCCACUCCAACACUUAGGGAGCCGUGGGAUCCAGUGAGUGCAAUGUUUAUUUUAAUGUAACAUCUGCCCUACUGUAAUGCA